AAAAAAAAAUGACAGGGAGGGGCAAUCCGGUGGGGGAGGAAAUAAAAAGAGAGAGAGGGAAAGACAAGCGUCAUUUAGGAACAGAGGUAGAGCGAAAGAAGGAACUCCAGGAUCUGAAAACUAACCAUACAGCACAGUAUUUUUCUAUCUUUUCUUUUCCCCAGAGGAGAUUCUUGUCCUGUCAUUUUACUGACAGACGUGCUAUUACAGGCUCUUUUCCCAGAAGUUGACCGAAGAAGCUCAAGUGCUGCUGUUUCUUCCCUCCCAAUUCUGGUGGCUCCUCUGGUAAUGGACUGCUUUUCUCUGAGCUUCCACCCUGGAGAGACCCCCCAGGUCUAGUCCGUGAACUCAGCUGGGAAACGUCACUGGUAAAAAUGACUGAAGAGCCCAUAAAGGAGAUCCUGGGAACCCCAAAGUCUUCCAAGCCAGUGACAAUGGAGAAGAGCCCCACCAGCGAAGUGGUGGUCACCACAGUCCCCUUGGUCAGUGAGAUUCAGUUGACGGCUGCUACAGGGGGUGCUGAGCUCUCCUGUUACCGCUGCAUCAUCCCCUUCGCCGUGGUGGUCCUCAUCGCUGGGAUAGUAGUCACUGCUGUGGCUUACAGCUUCAAUUCCCACGGCUCCAUCAUCUCCAUCUUGGGUCUGGUCCUCCUGUCAUCUGGACUGUUUUUGUUGGCUUCCAGUGCCCUGUGCUGGAAGGUGAGGCAGAGGAGCAAGAAAGCCAAGAGACGGGAGAGUCAGACAGCUCUUGUGGCAAAUCAGAGAAGCUUGUUUGCUUAAGACUGAAUGAGACCAAAUGGGAUAUGUGGCCUGAAAAUCUCCCUCUCACUGUGUCGUCCAAUUCACCCAGAUCUAGGGUGGGAGAGAAUGAACAGUGCAUUGCAGCAGACCAGAGGAAUGGGGGUGAAUUGGGGCAGGGGGUGGGGGGGGUUCCGUCUUAUGAAGAACCUACUUGUGUCUUCUUUAUUGACAAACUUAACUCUAAGGGCUAUUUCUAAGACUGAAAAAUCAACUUUUUCUCAACACUAAACAUUUGAGGGGUUGUGGGAGGUGCAUGGCAUUAGAAAAGAUUCGGUUCACCUUGGGAAGUAGCCAAGGCAAGAUGAGAAACUAGUCAGCUAGUUCUGGCACACCAGCAACCUGCCUCAAAACAAAAACAAAAACAAAAACCCACACUUUUAAGAAGUUGUGUCAUAAAAAAAAAAAUUCUGCCAAGAGUCUAAAUCACCUUGGACUUUGCAUACUUCUAUGAAAUUCUGUGAUAAUAUUUUUUAAUAAGUUGAUUCUCUGGCAUCUAUUUUUUUGCUUUCCAUAACUCAUCACUGGUGGUACUUUUUCUUAAAGAAUAAACUAAUAUUUUUUAUGUUUUAACAUUGGACAGUUUUAGAUGAGUCAGAAGUUAAAAGGCAAAAGAUGUAGCUACUAAAUGGUGUGGGGGGGGUUAAAUUAAUAUUAAAAUAAUCCAACCUAGCACUUUUGAUGAUUUUUAUAUUGUUUAAUGUACAUUUCAUUCAAAAUAAUAAAUACUUAUUGCUGCUGAAAUUUCUUAAAUGCUUGUUGCUGUUGUAGUUACAUUUAUUGCAGUUCCAAAUUGCUCAUCUUCCCUUGCCUCGUUUGCAAUGUCUCAACUGUAUUUCUCUCCAAUGGGCAUUUUGCUCCUCUCUAACUUAUUCAGAUUUUUUUAUUUUUUAUUAUACAUUCUUUCAGGACUUGUGAAGAAUAGUAUUAAUUAUGUUCACUGUGCUCUAAAUGAUUUCUAUGCCAUUAACAAUGAGGAAACCAAUGCCUGGAGUCAGGAAUUUUAUAAUGUGUUAUUAAACAUGUAUUAUCUAUUCAA